UGGCCUUCCGCACGGACCCGGCCAGUCGUCCACGAACCCAGUGCCGCCGUCGAUCCGUGUGUCCUCCCUGGUGGACCCACCUCACCCCCUCCUCUACUCGGCCGCAUCUCUCCUCUCCGGCGCGAAGGACGUUCCUCACACGGAUGUGACACUUGGGCCGCCGCUCCCGAGCCACCGGUCAGUCGCAGCCCAGCGGUCAGCCCGACAAGAGCUCGGCAUCGUCCCACCACACAACCCCUACCUGGCAGCGGGAGGAAUCGGCGACAAGUGUUUGUGCCCUGGUGCUCUCAGACGCGCUUCGAGUUUGUCGUUGUCGUCGUCGUAGGCGGCGGCGGACUUGUGGAGUGACUUGGUGAAAAAAAUAAUUAUAAUAAUUAGCAGUAACGUCCUGUGACUUGGUCACUUGUCACGGGAAGGUGUGCUUCUCUGCAAGGUCGUCGCGCCGCGCUGUGACCCCCAGCCCCGGGACAACCGUCGCCCUUGGAGCUGAAGACCGCAACGUCUCCAAAACGGACGUGGAGUUGACAAGGUGACGAAGCGACCCCCCAGGCCAGGCCAUGGGGCUACGGCACCUCAUAGCUGGGCCCACGCUGCUGGUCAGCGUGGCCCUCCUAUCUGCCUUUUGUUUAUCCACAGUCCUAUCAGCUCCACUCUCAUCAGAAGUCCGGUCUCCACGUGAUAGGGGUUGCUACUUCAUGCUGAAGCACUACGAGAACGGCGAGCAGAUCGAGACGAACGAGGCGUGCCUGAACUGCACGUGUGUGAGCAGCAUGCUCAUGUGCUACCUGCGCGUCUGUCCCUACGUCAAGCAGCUGGGCGACGACUGCACGGUGACCAAGCGGCCCGGCGAGUGCUGCCCGGACAUCGCCUGCCCGGCCGGUACGUCCGCCGAGCGGCCAGACACUUUGGGGGCGCAUGUGCCGGUACCUACCGCCCUCUACGAGCCAGAAACGGAAGCACCUUUCGCCGAGGAAGGAGCGGGAUGCUACAUCGACGGCAAGCACUACUCCGAGGGAGCGCGAAUGCCCAGGGACCCGAAGAAGCCGUGCGAGGUCUGCUACUGCAUCCGCAACAGCAGCGCCUGCGUCCUGCAGGACUGCGAGUUGCACGUGGACGGCUGCUCACCCGUGUUCUCCAGGCCGAGCUGCUGCCCCACAAGAUACAACUGCAGUGUAGAAGCGGCCACUACAGUUCCUCCCGGUUUGUUGCCAACUGAAGCUCCUGCCACCGGUUGCAUGCACAACGGAAAGUUCUACGAAGACGGAGCGCAGGUGCCCUCUGACGAGCCAUGUCAGCACUGCUACUGCAUGCGUCACGAGGUGGUCUGCGCCGUAAACGACUGCAAAGCACCUUCAGACGGAUGCGUGGCUAUGCCUACGGAGCCGGGACACUGCUGCCCAUUGCGAUACGAAUGCCCGUCCGACAUGACAACGACGCUUGGACCGGGGUUGACGAGCCCGGCAGCGACGACACCGUCGACGUUCGAAACUGUGGAAGGCAAGAAGGGCGUCACGGAAGAGGGUGUGACGCCGACCCAGGAGGCAACUACCACGGCUAUGCCUUUCACGACCACACCGACAACCGUCGGCAUCACAACAGGCGUCACUGAAGAAGCAACGACAGCUGCACCAGAAAUCACAAGUGCGCCGACAUAUGCCACCAAAGAGACGACUGAGCCGGCGGUAUCAGAGACGUCGACGGGGGCACCGAGCACUACAGCCGAGGCAACGACGAAGCCAUCCGAAACUGAGGGGACAACACCCGAAACCAGUGCCAAGCCAGAAGCAACCACGGAGCCCGUGACUUCGAGCAGCGAAGUGCCAUCGACAGGAAAGCCGACCACUGCCGAAGGGCCGCGAGAAGACGAGGGACCAGAGACGACGGAGUCGCAACCAGCCAGUUCUGUUACUCCCGCCGUGAGCACAGAGGGAGUGACCACGGUGGCAACCACUGAAGCCGCCACGACGCCCAAGGAAGAGGCCACGACGCCUAAGGAAGAGCUCACGACACAACCUGCGGCAACCUCUACAACGGCUCCCGAAGCAUCAACAACUGCCGCCUCGGCGACCACGACGCAGGAAGCAGAAGCCACGACUGAGACGACAGCGUCGUCUACACAUGCGGAAACAGAAGGUGUAACUUCGUACGAAGCCAAAGAAAGUACGCCAAAGAAAGAAGAAACGUCGGCUGCACCCGAAGUCACAACAGCGCCGACUACGGGAGCAACAGAGGAGGCUUCCUCGGAAACUCCAGAAGUCAGCACAGUGCCAAAAACUACCGAGGCUGCAGAAGCUUCGACAACGCCCGCCGCUACAAGUACCGGUGUAACCGAAGAAGCGACGACGGCACACACUGAGGAACCCACGACGGCAGGAGCGGCAAGCACACCAGCGGAAGCCGCGGAAGCAUCAACGCCUUCCGAGAAGGUCACCGAAGAAACGACGACUGCUGGAGCGGAAGUCACCACAGGUGCUUCAACGCCUUCCGAGAAAGUCACCGAAGAAACAACGACUGCUGGAGUAGAAGUCACAACUGGCACUUCAACACCCUCGGAGAAGGCCACCGAAGAAACGACGACUGCUGGAGUACAAGUCACAACAGGUGCUUCAACGCCCUCUGAGAAAGUCACAGAAGAAACAACGACUGCCGGAGAAGAAGCCACAACAGGCGCUUCAACACCUUCAGAGAAAGUCACUGAAGAAACGACGACUGCUGGAGUAGAAGUCACAACUGGCACUUCAACGCCCUCCGAGAAGGUCACCGAAGAAACGACGACUGCCGGAGCGGAAGUCACCACAGGUGCUUCAACGCCUUCCGAGAAAGUCACUGAAGAAACAACGAUGCUGGACUUGAAGUCACAACAGGCGCUUCAACGCCCUCCGAGAAGGCCACCGAAGAAACGACGACUAGCCGGAGCGGAAGUCACCACAGGUGCUUCAACGCCUUCCGAGAAAGUCACUGAAGAAACAACGACUGCUGGACUUGAAGUCACAACAGGCGCUUCAACACCUUCUGAGAAGGCCACCGAAGAAACGACGACUACCGGAGUACAAGUCACAACAGGUGCUUCAACGCCUUCCGAGAAGGUCACAGAAGAGACAACGACUGCCGGAGAAGAAGCCACAACAGGCGCUUCAACGCCUUCCGAGAAAGUCACCGAAGAAACGACGACUGCGGGAGUAGAAGUCACCACAGGCGCAUCAACGCCUUCCGAGAAGGUCACCGAAGAAACGACGACUGCAGGAGUAGAAGUCACCACAAGUGCUUCAACGCCUUCCGAAAAAGUAACUGAAGAGACGACGACUCUUGGAGCGGAAGCCACCACAGGCCCUGCCAGCUCCACGGAGGCCACGACAACACCGGUUCCUAGCGAGGGUGCUACAGAAGAAACAACUGUGAGACCCACUAAGGAGACUACGACAACGGAAGUGGCUAGCACACCUGUACAACCGGAAGCUACUCCCACGCCUUCUGAAGCGGCCUCGGAGGAAACAACUCCGGGAGGAGAAGCCACCACAGGGCCAUCCGUGUACACAGGGGUGAGUACAGAGAAGCCGAUGGACGUAACGACGGCUAAGGUACCCGAAGCGGAAACAACAGUCUCUGAGCUCGGAAGAGAAGAUAUGCCAAAAACAACUCCGGCAUACGAAACCAGCACCACUAGUGCCGCUUCGACACCAGAAACCACUGAAGCGGUUACACAUGCAACACCGGAAGCUACGACGCCUCGUGAAGUCACAGAGGGUGCCACAAGUGAAGGAACCACGGUUGAGCCAGCAACUUCUGGAGCUCCGGAAACAUCACCUACAACAGAACAUGUGACGGAAGAAGAAACAAAGCCCUCUACUUCACCCACGACGCCAACGGCAGCUGGAACCGAAGGUACUGCCACCCCGUCUUCAACACCUGAGGGUACCCCGUCAUCCGCAGUGACAGAGGAACCCGCAACGACCACGUCGGUGACACCAUCCGCAGAGGUCACAACAUCGUCUGCAACAACCGGUGAAGCGACGACCGUACCUGCUACCACGCGCGAAGAAGUCACGACACCUGAGAUUUCAGAAACAGAGAAACCUGAGACCGUGACAACGGCGGAAACGACGACGGCGUACACACCCGAGGAGGCUUCAUCGACAACGCCAGCAGUGUCGACGGAAGCUGUUUCUACACCAGAAGCUAGCACUCCAGGAGUCGCUACAACAGCGCCUCCAGAAGUGAGCGAGAGCGUUACAACUCCACCAGCAACAACCGGCGCAGAAGUAACAACGCCAUCUGAGGCCGAAAGGUCGACCGCACAAGCAACUGAAGAGCCGUCCACAACUUCCCCAACAACGGAAAAAGAAACAACCAGCGCGGCCACGGUGGGUUCUACUACGGAAGCUGCGUCCGGUCCUACGACGACGGAAGGUGUUACAGGUACAACGGCAGAAGGAGUCACCGCUACAGAAGCAGGGACAGGUCCAACAGUGACGGAAGGCGUUACUUCCGAAGUAACAACUACGUCGACGGGAGCAACUCCAGAAGCGGUUACUACACAGGAACCAUCCGCUACAGAACAGACCACCACUGAAACUCCGUAUAUCACGACAGCAACCAGGGCUCCCGAGGCUGGCCGAGACGAAGAGGCGCCAUCGACAACGCCUAUACCUCCCGGAUACACGCCUUCAAGUCCAGCAGAGGAGUCUACGACUGCGGCGGCAGGAGCAACGACCGAACCUGGUGCCACCACUACGCAGGCAGCCACAGAGGGUACGUCGACAACCGAGGUGUCUUCCGUCAAGCCAGAAGUCACGACGGGCGCCGUCACAACCACAGAAGCGCCAGCGACAACGCCGCCGGUGACACCGAGCGAGAUCCUCACAACUCCAGGUUCGGAGGCGCCCGAGCCAGAAACCACGGCAGGAGGCCCGGAAAGAGAACAGGGUGAGGAGCCGUCGUCAGUAACACCACCAGCCGAGACAUCGAGCACAACAGAGGGCACCACGCCGGCCUCGACUAAGGAAACGCCAACGCCGACCUCGGAACAGCCGACAACGUCUGCUGAGACGACUCCCUCGGAGGCGUCGACGACCAGGCCAGAAAUGACUACCGAGGGCAAGACGCCUCCUGUUCCGGUAGAGCCGACGAGCAAGGAGCCAGCGCCAAAGACGUCUGAAGUUCCGGGAGAGGUCGAGCAGGCUACAACGACGCCUGUGGAACUGACAACUGCUACCGAAGCUGUGACGACACCAGUGGUUGCGACAACCGAGAAGCCCCAGCCGACUGUCAUAACCGAAGCUCCCGUUACGGGCUCUACCGGCUUUGAAACUUUAGAUCACAGGAAAGCACCCACAACAACGGAAGCACCUGCAUCGACUCCAGAGGCGACGCCGGAACCACCCACGACAACUGAACAGCCGGCUAUUACACCAAGCACAGGUUUGCCUACAAGCACUGAGGCGCCCGUGUCAGCAACAACACCAGUUGAGCCCGCGGUAUCGACAACGAAGGAGGACACCGUCGGUCGGGAGGACAAGCCGUCCUCCGAAGAAGAACCAGAGGAGGAAGCUGACUGUACUCACCAAGGACAAACUUACAAGUUUGGUGACGAAGUUCCACCACCGGAUGCCUGCAAAUAUUGCCGCUGCUUCGACGGUGAAGUGAUCUGCGCCGAGAAGGUUUGCCUCCCCCCAGCACCAAACUGCGUUCCUGGACCAAUACCCGAAGGCGAAUGCUGCCCUGAAAUGUACAACUGUGACGGUGAAGAGAUGCCUGGUACGACUCAGCUUCCGACCAUCGUGCCAACUAGUAAGAAAACUCCGCCUCCGACAGUAGAGACUCCAGCGACUACACCAGAAGUCAGCGCAACGUCUACCGAAGGCACCCCGCCGCCUGCAUCUACCGAGCUUAGCACCGAACCUAGCGCAACACAGCCACCAUCAACAACGUCAGCUGGAGAGUCUACUACCGCCGAGAGCACUACCGAACCAGAAACAGAAGCCAGGAAGAAGCAGCCUCCAACUGAAAAGCCCGAGGAAGUGACCACAGGCUCCACGGAAGCAGCGACAGGGGCCACCUCGGCAGCGACAACACCGUCAGAGACUGAGCCAACGGAAGGUUCCACGGCUCCUUCUCUCUCAACCCAACCGCCAGAGGCGACAUCUGCGGAAACCGGCGCGACAAGUGAACCGUCAGUCACAACACCUGAAACAACGCCAAGCGGUGAAACGACUGGCCCUAGUGAAGCAUCGACGCCUGAGUCGACUACUCCGUCUGAAGCAGAAAGUCCGACAGGAACUGCCACCGAGCCCACCACUCCUGGCGUGACAACGCCUUCUGUCACUACCGAACCAGCGUCAACCCCGGCACCGUCAGCCGAAACAAGCCCAAGCGUGACAACUGCAGCCAGCAGUACUCCUGCCGAGACACCAGAAACAGGCACUCCAGAGGUAACUACACCAAGUGCAGCAACUAGCCCCGAAGCAACAACGUCAGCUGAAACUGGCUCAACGGGCACUGAACCAGAAGCAAGCACCCCUGAAACCACACCUAGCGGCGCCACCCCAGAGACCAGCACACCUAGUGCGACUACUCCAUCUGUAACGUCUCCUGAGGCCAGCACACCCGAGGCCAGCACACCCGAGGCCAGCACACCCGAGGCCAGCACACCCGAGGCCAGCACACCCGAGGCCAGCACACCCGAGGCCAGCACACCUGAGGCUAGCACACCUGAGGCCAGCACGCCUGAAGCUAGCACUCCUGAAGUGAGCACGCCAGCUGCAAGCACACCUGAAGCCAGCACACCUGAAGUUAGCACUCCUGAAGUGACCACUCCUGAAUCUAGCACGCCCGCAGCUAGCACGGCUGAAGCUAGCACACCUGAAUCCAGCACACCUGAAGCAACUACACCUGGAGCAAGCACACCGGAAUCUAGCACUCCAGAGAUAACCACACCUGCAGUGUCUACUCCCGAGCCUAGUACUGCCGAAGUUAGCACUCCUGAAGCCAGUACUCCUGAAGCCACAACUCCUAGCAUAACCACACCCGCCCCGACUUCUCCUGAGGGCAGUACACCUGAAGCUAGUACUCCUGAAGUCACCACGCCAGCCGUCACUUUAGGGGCAAGUACUCCUGAAGAGAGCACUCCUGGUCCGAGCACUGAACCGGCCACAUCCUCAGAAGGCACAACACCAGAAGCCACUACACCUAGCGCUACGACCCCUGCGCCAGCCUCAACCGAAGGCACCACACCAAAGGCCAGCACUCCUGGCGCAUCUACUCCGGCUGCAACGUCUCCAGAGGGCACUACACCAGAAGCAACUACCCCUGAGCAGUCGACCCCAGCAUCCACGGAAGGCACUUCUCCGGAGGUCACCACACCAAGCGCAACAUCACCGGAAGCAACAACUCCUGAGUCUAGCGUUCCAACUACACCUCAGGAAGCCAGUACACCAGAAACAAGCACGGCAGCUGAAACAUCUUCGGAAGGCUCUACACUGGAAAUGACAACGCCAGGAGCAACCACCCAAGCCGAAACUUCCACAGAAGGCGCUACGCCAGAAUCUACUACUUCCGGAGCUACCACUCCAGGGGUAACGCCUACGGAAGGCACAACACCAGAAGGCAGCACAGCGGCGACGACGUCCCCACCAGGUACCACGCCGGAAGCAACAAGUCCUGGAGAGACUACACCAGUUGCGACCUCUAGCGAAGGCACCACACCAGAAGCUAGUACUACUGGUGUUACCACUCCAGUUCCGACCAGCCCUGAGGCUACAACGCCAGAGGCUAGCACUCCUACCGGCGCGGCCACCCUGUCCGCAACGUCUCCAGAGGUCACUACACCUGAGGGUAGCACUUCAGGCGCUACCACGUCCGUUGAAACCACCCCCGGAGUUUCGACUCCUGCAGCCACCACUGCAGAGUCGAGCACACCUGCGGAAACUAGCGCGACACCUGAAGCAACCACACCUUCAGUCACUACUUCUGAGAGCCCUACGUCCCCAGCCACAGAAUACGAAUCGACGACAGCCGCAACCGAGCAGCCUAGUUCUGUGCCUUCUACUCCUGAGGUGUCUACCCCUGAAACAUCAACGCCUGAAGCGGGAACCACUGGUCCACCUAGCACUGAAGCCUCAACAUCCGAGUCACCGGCUGCCACAACUCCCGAGGCUUCAACCAGCGCUGGUACGACUCCUUCCGCUUCGACAACUGAAGCCCCUACAGAAACAUCUAGUCCCGAAACGAGCACGCCAACUGGAACCGCGGCUGCCACUACACUAGAGGCCAGAACCUCUGGACUGACGGAAACAACCAGAGAAAGCACCACGCCCGCUACGCCUGAAGCCACAACACCGGCUGAAACACCUGUGACCUCGGAGUCUGCUGCCACUGAAUCUGCCGCUACCACAACGGCUGAACCAAGCUCUCCUGAAGCGACAACACCGGCCUCAAGUGUGGCUACGGAAGCGACGACGCCAGCUGUCACAGAAGAGACGAAGGAAUCAACAACAGCGUCCGCGCCGACCACACCGGCAGAGACGUCGGAGACAGAGAGUGCUAGCACACCAUCUAGCGAAGCAACCGAGGCGAGUACACCCGAAACAACGAAGGAGACCUCGGAGGCGUCGACACCUGUUUCUACCGAAGCCGCGACACCGGGAACGACCGAAGAAGCUUCUUCCACUCCCACGGCUACUGUUUCCGAAGCAUCCACUCCGGCAACAACAGAAGGCACGGAAGAGCCCAAGACACCUUCUUCUACAGAAGGCACAGAAGGAACCAGCCCUACUGAGAUGCGAGACGCCGCCACUACUGAGGGCGCAACGACACCGUCCGAGGCGACGACAAAGGCUGAAACCGAGGUCACAACGCCAAGUGAGGCCGUAUCUACCGAAAGUUCCACUACGCCGGGCACACCUGCUUCAACGACUGCGGGUGGCACGGAAGAGACCAAGGAAGCCACCACCGUACCUUCCAGCGAGGCUACUGAGGCAAGUACAUCACCCGCUUCGUCGGAAGCCACCACGGAGGCCAGCACUCCCGCGCCGACGACAGGUGCGUCCGAGUCAACCACUGAAGCGAAGGAGACGUCAGUCACGGAGGCUUCCACACCAGCAUCGACAGCGGCGAGCAGCGAAGCGACCACCGCAGAAGCGAAAACGGAGUCGACGCCUGCCGUGUCUACUACAUCGAAGCCUAGCGAGGCUACUACGCCAUCGGCGGAAGCAACCACAGAAUCCGAGGAGGAGUUCCCGACAGAGUGCGACGUCAACGGCGUUUUAUACAAGGAGGGCGACCAGGUUCCGGACGGCAACCCCUGCCACUUCUGCAACUGCCUCGAAGGAGAGGUCAUCUGCGCCGAGAGGAUCUGCAGGCCGCCCGGUCCAGAGUGCAAGCCCCUGCCCAAGUCCCCCGAGCAGUGCUGUCCAGAUUACGACUGCGAAGGCGUCACGACCCCAGCAUCAGUGUCCACCGUGGAGGGGCGAAAGAAGCCUCCUCCCGAAGUGACUCCGCCCACCGUCGAAACCACUCCGGCAGUGACAGCGCCUUCUAAGCCGAAGCCAGGAGAGGAAGAGGAAGAAGUGCCGAAACCUUGCAAUGUCCAAGGCACAACAGUCGAGCACGGUCAGGUCAUCCAGACAGCCAACCCAUGUACUUUCUGCAAGUGCACGUUCGGCGAGAUGGUGUGCGCCGAGAGAAUCUGUGAGGAGCCUCCACGACCGGGCUGCAAACCGACCGGCGUCAAACCAGAGCAGUGCUGUGCCGAAGCAUACAUCUGCCCGUCUGAAGAGGAGGAAGGGCGAGAAGAAAUGGUGACGCAGAAACCGUCGGUGUUCAAGUUCACCACAAUCAGUCCGACGACCGACGAUCUCAAGAAAAUAUUCGGUCCCAACGUCACCACGACUCCUGUGCCACCCACAACGGUGCCACCGUUUAUCAUCGAAGUCAUGACCGAGCCUCCUGCAUCGCAGCCACCCGUCCACGACCUCUCAACGGGCGAACCGGAAGCGACGACAACGGCAAAGGAACCAGAAGAGACGGGAGCGACCGAAGCAACAGCGACAACCGGCGAAGAGAGGACGACAUCGGCCACAACAGCAGCGCCUGAAUCCACUAGUCAACCGUCCGAAGCCACUAGUCCCACUACCGAGGCUCCAGAAGCCACGAAUGCUACCACGCCCACUGCCACGUUGACUACAAAGCCGCUCGUUCACUACGCGACGACCACAGAGGCGUCGACGGCGGUAACUACCGCGGAACCGGAAGUGCCUCGCGAGGAUGAGGCGACGCCUGCACCCACGACGGUGGAACCAGUCGAAGGCAAGAAGGCCACACCUCCAGCGACGACUGAGUCGCCAUCAAUCUUCACAACCGUCAUGGAGUUCUUCACCGGAAGCGCGUCAACGACGGAGGCACCGGAAGUGAACGCGACUACGCCUUCUGGGCCACCCAGUGUGACGACGACGAAGCCAGAGGUUGAGACGGAGAAGCCGGCGGAGACGGCUGCGACCGCGGGUGCUGCAGCGACGGAACCGACAAAACCAGCACCGGAGACCACGGCGACUCCGGAGGUGACAACGCCGGGUGUGACGAUUACAGGAGAACCAGAACUACCUCGGGAAGAAGUUACUACUCCCACGCCGGUCACGGAAGAACCAGAGUCCACAACAACAGAAGGUGCUAUCAUAAUCGAGGAAGGAUCUUGCAUCUUCGACGCCAAGGUGUAUCAAUCGGCGGAGCAGAUCCCACGGCCAGACCCGUGCGACUUCUGUUUCUGCUUCCGCGGAGACAUCAUCUGCCUGCAGCAGACCUGCCCACCGCCGAUCCCGCAGUGUUACGAGACGCCCAUCAGUGGCUUCUGCUGCCCGCGAUACGAAUGCCGUGAGUAUAGAGUCAAGAACGUGAGCGUUGCAACGACCACGACGACAACGACGACAACAACGCCAGCUCCGAGGUUUGGGCAGCAGAUGCUCGAGGCAUCAAUGGAAGUCAAAGGCUGCGACGUGAACGGCAGCUUCUACCAGGUGGGCCAGGUGGUGAAGAAGGCGAGCGGGCCUUGCCUGGAAUGCAUCUGCGACGCCAGUGGCAUGAUAAAGUGCAACCCCAAGGAGUGCCAGCCGCAGGCACCGCUCUUGCUCAGGAUGAACCGGUCCUACUUCAGGACGCGGUAGGCGGCGCCACGUCCGCCCUAGCUUCCCCCUCCCGCCGCCAGGGAGAGAGAUGCCUUCCUAGUUCCAACCUUUUCGUCUAUUAUUAUUAUUAAUAUUAUUAUUAUUAUUAUCAUCAUGGCCCUCAGCUCUCUUCCCACGCCGGUAGGCCGGUGACCAGCAAGAAUGCGGUGUUUCCAGAGUUCUUUGGCGACUGCGAACGCUGUAUGGUGGCGAAGCUCCCAUGAAUAGUAGCGGAUGAACCAGUAGUGUCAAAACGAGUGCGCUUGUAACGGCAGCCUAUAGCACGGUUGUGCUCAUUUCAAUGUGAAAUGUUGAUGGUACGUUAUCGCUGGUGUCACCAAUUAACAGGCACGCACGGUUCAUAUAAGAACACGGUGACUCAUUGAAAUGGUGCUAUUUGUAAAAGCCCCGCGACAUCUCAAACGAAGAGUUCGCAAAUCAGUGGCAGCCGGUCUUAAGCUAGCGCAGUGCACGACGCCUCCGUAGACUGCAGUUCAAGUGCUCAGACCCUUGUUCGAACCUCGACGCGCGAAGGAGUCAAUGUUCGACAUGCGUUCUCAACGAAACAGCGUAUUGGCGCGCACCGAUGAACGGAUGACCGCGCAACCGGAGACGCAGACGUCUCAGGCUACAACGCGAAUUUCGGUUAGCAGUGGCGUCACGGCUACAAAGCCAGAGGCAUAAGUGGGGUCGGUUUUCAGCGCAGAAGGCCUAGUUUUCCGGGGCAACAAAACUAGACGCUAUUGCGGGCCAACACCUCUCGGUGACCCUAACUCGGUGGCAUCGUGCGCGUUAAUGAACUCUGGAGACACGCGCGAUUCUCUGGUCGCUCAGGGCUACCGACACAGUAGUACGAGGCCAAAAGAAGUACGACAGGCUCGGCCAUGAGCCCCCUCGACGACUGCAAGUGAAAGUGAACCCGGCAGCCGUGCCGCCACCGUCGUUUCAUCACGCGCGCAUCUGGGGCGUAGUCGCGGAAGGAAGAAACAAAGCGAGCAGAGGAAGAAUUGUGUGGGUAGCAGACUCCCCCCUCCCUCCUUUCGUCUCUCCAUCCCCCACCACACACACACACUCACUCCCCGAGCGUGCUCCAAAGGUGCCGUGUCGUGUGCGCACUGACUCACUUGUGAAACUGGCGGUGCGCGUUAUUGCUGUUUACGCCGGUGGCUCACUUCUUCGCGACCGCCGUGCCGACAACCGAGCCGCCUUAGCAGCCGGCUGGCCCGCCGAGACUGUGUAAAAGCGUCGGUGUCAUGUGUGUGAGCACGCGCGCGUGCGCGUGACGUCGAGAAGUAGAGGUGUCGAAGACGACGAGGAAGAGGCGACAAGACGAUGGCAACGACCGGACAGAGAUGCGUGGACAUUUUUUUUUUUUUAACGCGCAAGGUUGUGUUGUUUGUGUGCGUGCGUACUUGCGUGUGUGUAUGUAUACCAGUGUAUGUGCCUGCGCGUGGUGUCUGCCGAGCUUUUUUUUUUUUUUACUUUCUUUCUUCUUGCCCGUCUCGUCAUUUCUACUCUACAUUCCUUGCUUAACAGCUUUGUCGCACGUUCUCAACGCGGCAUAAAAAAAAUGCUUGCCUUAAGACUGCGCGAGGCGAGAAAGAGCUCGACACGGGUUUUGAGCGCGACGGUUACGCGUUCUUAUUCGCUGGCUAGUUUGGCCAUUUUUGUGUCGUUUUUUUCUUUCCCCCUCUUUUUUUGAUGCUCACGUCUUUAUGGUGUCUACGAUGCGUGUCGGUCACAGUGGCAGCGUCUAACUUGUGUUACGAGGUGAAAGCGUUUUCCGGGACUGAAUUGUGUGCGCAAGCAGUGUCCGUCACGUCCGGCCCUCUAGAUGUGGCAGCUAAAGAGGUCUUCGGUUUCCUCUCUACACUAGCGUAAUAAAGAAGACGCUGGCCGGCUAUUAUAACCUCAAGCUCGCCCGUUUUUAUGCAUGGUGUGCGUCGAAGCUCAAAGGUUAUAAAGCGCUGUGUGGUUUAUGUGCACAAGGAUUCGCGCUUCGUACGUCAUUUAUGAAGAGAGCUGUUUUGUUUUUUUGCUCCUUUUUUUGUGCACUUGUAAUGCAUAUACGAAGUGCGAUCCAGAAGCGAAAGUGCUUUCAUACAUUCCAUGACAUCGUCGGUCAUUCCAUGAGUUUACUAUGCAAACCUAGACAUGACAGCCAGCGAAACGGCGCACAGUGAUAUUAUGCCAGUAGGCGCCCGCAUUUCUAACAGACAUUUCAUUCUAGAGAAAACACGUUGUCAUGAUUGCUCCUUAGGACCAAGCAGGACGUGACCCCCUCUGGCGCCAACUAAGGAUGGAAAGGUGGCGGAAUUAGCUAUAAUCCAAACUUACACUCUGGCAAUAGAUGGUUUAGGUAACGUCUCACACAUUAAGGCAAUAUCAUUGUAUGUACAGGGGGCCAUGGAAGAAGGCGGAGGACGUGAUAAUUCAUAACUGCCAAAAGUAAAAAAAAAUGAAUGAAAGAAAUGGUAGAACUGCACUCACAGAUUCCUGAUGGCAUUUGUAAACAGAAACCUCACCGCUAAAGUGGGGAGUUCUGAGGACCAACGAUCAUUCCAUUUUUUUUCUAUUACUCAACAAGCGGAAGUGUUUGUGCGGCGCGAAGUUUCAAGCACCCGUUGCGUGUGAACUCGCGUCGAGUUUGUACUUAUUUGUGACAAUGUCGUUCUUGCCCAAGCUUUUACUUCCCCUAGAGGAUUAUACGAAGCUGCGUCUGAGUCUGAUCUAUAUUUUAUACAUGCUUCCUCUUCGCUGCUUCUAUGCAACAUUCCCACAGUUAAUGCAGGCACCUGCUUAAGUUCUGUGAUACGAGGCGAAAACAUAAUAUUUUCGAUAUAUACUCUUCACCGGUUCCUAAAGAUGACAACAAGAGAAGACUACAACUGCGAUCCGCUACAGUAAAAACUGAAGUAAACAGCCUAUGCCUUUGCGAUUUUUGGUUACGAGCUGAUUGUCAUGUGACUAUUACGUUGCUGCGGCUUAGAGGCAUCGCUCGGCAGUGUCUUGACCCGCAAUCCUCAACAAAGCAAGCAAACAGCCCAACGUUCUGAUGACGAAGUAAAGUAACGACAUUCUUGCCAGAGAUCCCGUGCCACAUAUCAAAUCGUGUAGCGAGUUUCAGUUCUCGCUCUUACGACGCGCGCAUUACCGCCCACCAGCGAGCGCGAGCAGCUAGCGAGAGCUCUUACGACGCCAUGACACAACCGUGAUAUUUUUUCUCCCUUUCUUGAGGCGCUUGCACGUGGAGCUGCUUCCGCCUUUCUUGACGGUGCCAAAAUAAAUACCCGCCAUGACAGCAUUAUUUUUGCUAGCCUGCGUCUUUGUUUACACCGGACAAAGUGACGUGCGAGUAAGAUGAUGAUGCAACGGGGAUGGUCUGAGAAAGAGGAAGAGAGAGAGAGAGAGAGAGGCAGCCUUUUCUGCGAGCGACUGUUCUCGCCUUAUUUUUGUACCCACCAAGCUCGUUGCGACCCACCGCCUCUGGUAUAGCCAAGAUAGCCCAUCUGCGGUCACGCAUAGUAGUCCGACAUGCACCUUCAGUGCCUCAUCUAAACGCACAUUCAGCUAAUAUCGCACUCUCUCACAGUCAAAGAGGUGCCGGAACCUCGUUUACACGACAUUUAAACACCAACUUUGCUAACGUCAUCUCAGAUAAGCACUGGCAUCAAGCCAAACAGUUACGAACUUAACCCCUAUUCAGCUUUCUAGACUUCGGCAUACUGCACGAAAGAUUGCACGGUUAUAAGCAGCACAAACGUCAGACGAACCAAGCAUCGCUUCGGGGAAAUCCAAGUGCCUCUCUCAAAGUCUCUUCAGCUUCGUGUUGCCGUUUUAUGCGGUGACUCAGGGAACGCGUUAACUGAUCUUCAUUCUCUACGUGAGAUUAGUUGCGUAAGCUUUCGAACAUAUCGUAACGGGACGCAAAGAAAAUACUGAUAGCCUUUGGUAAUUGCCUCUUUACUCACUGCUUAUUCAAUACGAGCCGCUCUGUUGGUUCUCUGGUUGCAUCAAGCAACUCACUGUCUCGGUAUAGAGAUUGAACGACAAGCCAUGAAAGCCUUUACGCGCCUUAUCGCAUGUUACGCUGGCAAUUCCUUCUUUGCCUUCUGCCUCCAUUUUUUUUCGUAACAUUUUAUAGGCUCUAUUUGUUUCCUCCAGUACAGGGUGGCCAACUGGAAACAUCGUCCGGCCAACUUCCAUGUCUUUACUGUGUCCUGUCUCGUCUCAGCCUCGGUGUAGCCAUUAGAUUCAGCAACGCAGCUCGCUACGCCAUUAAUCGGAGUACUUAGCCAUUACAUACUGUAGCCAUAGCAGCGAUCAUUAUGCCUCGAGUUCUGUCUCUUCCUCUUAACUAUGGAUGCGUGACAGUAGGCAGGCCUCGGAAGCAACGCGCCGUUUCCUCACACUUGAUAUAGCCUACGCAUGCGCCGAUGCGGCGAUGUUUGAUAAGCCGCCAGAGUGUAUUAUUCAUCCUUAACCUACGUUUCACUCGCUGCUGAGCAAGAAGAUGGUUCUUGAGUAUGCUGUGCAUAUUCAGGCGCGAAAUCAGUGCCGCCUUCGUACGCAUCGCUUUUUUUUUUUUUUCGUCGGGCGUUGCGUGAACCCAGCUUUCAUAUAAGCGUGGAUGCAAAUUCCGUGCUGGCACGCACUUAAUGUGUUUGUUGCUUUUUUUUUUUUUCGACGGCGUGUAAGGUGGAAGCACCUGGACACACAAAAACACUGUAUCAUAAUGUGUGCAAGCUUAACUCUUGUCACUUUUUUCAAAGUGCAUUCAUUUAUUACUGUUCUUUCGUGGUGGGCUUUUUUUUUUUCUUUUCUUCUUCAUUGUCAUGCCAUUCUCGAUCGCGGGACCGAUGUCUCGAGAACGGCUCCUGACUUUUUUUUUCUUUUGUUUCCACUUACGCGAAGGAGGCAGACAAUUAUUUUGGGUGGAGUUGUGUGUAUCUGUGGUUUUAAAAUAGCUGUCUGUGUUGCCCCAUUUGCCUCCUCCUACGUUCUUUCCUCUACUGCGUGAUGUCUUCAUUUUUAAGUCCUGUUUUGUCGCAAUUCAUUUUUUUUUACAAGUGAGUGUAUGUACAUACCUUCAAGGGCUCUGCUCCUGCUAAGGACCACGAAUCGGGGUUUGCGAAACCCGAAGCGUGACGUCUAUGCUGAAGCUCAACGUACCCUGCAGCGCCGGCACCGUUCAGGACGAACUGUACUCAUUCCAAGUCUUUACGUCAUGUUCAUUGUUUUUAAAUUCCGAAAUCUAGCGUGCUAGCGCAUGCAAGCUUUAUGGCGACGUGUUAUCACUCAACUUCCGGAUAUAAGCAGCCCACCGCUUUAUAUAUUCUGAAGCAGUGUAAAGCAGUGUAAACAUUUUUGUCAGGUAAUAACAAACGUUAACUGUGCUCGAAUUGGUUGGUUUGUACCUUUAAUAAGAUAACUAGAUGUCUCCAAUUACCUAUGUAAGCACAAACUGACAUCUUUGUUUAUUAGUUCCUCUGCAAUUCUGCCAGUUUCUUUCGAAAGCUAUUUCAGAAAGUUGUGUUUUCUUCAACUAACUUUCUCAUCGGUACUUAAGCCUAAUAGGCCUUCUUUUAUUAACCUGUAUUGGCCUGCACUUUACGUAACAUAUCUUCCUUGUCCACAACAUAAAAGUGUAAAAAGGCGCCUUAUUUUUCGUGCCACUGUGUUAUCGUGCCUUGGACUGCGAGGUGGUGCGUCUCUGCUCAGCAGUUUAGGGGUUCAGGCUGUUGAAGGUAUGAUCGGUAUUAUUGCUGCCAUGUUCAGGUUUUUUUUUUUUUUGCUAUACAUGAAUUGUGAUUGUGUGUUUGUGUUUACUUCCAUUAAAGAAAAAUUCUUACCAAGAA